UCCUGUUCACCAGCGUUUGUACGUUGCUCUGCUGAUGCAUGAUCUUCCCCUGCCCUUCAACGUAUGUUUGGCCUGGCGUAGCUGGUUGCCCGUCUCGGUUCUCUCCGGAUCUCAUUCCGCCGCGUGCACGACGUAGAAUUGUAGCGCUGAACUCGAACUGCUAGUUGAGCCAAAAAAUUCGUGUCGAAAGAUGAGGCGCGGUGGCGGAUCGAGCCUCCGAAAUGCGCCUUCCUCCUCCGCAGUCGGCGACAAAGGGCGAUAGCGCGAGAGCUUUUGUAGCAGAGGACUGCCCGUUUUUGUGACUAUUCUGAGCUGCUCUUGACGUUGAAAAACGUAAGUGAGCGCUGGACAAUGUUUAGCUUAUGUCCAUUUCGGUAGGAGCUUGCAUCUGGAGUCGGAAUGAGUUUUGUCCGAGUGCGAAGCGCUUCUUUUUUCCCGUGCUUUUUGUGCUCAGGCCAUGGGGUUCCCUUGUUCUAGGGAUGCGGCAUUGGUGUGCAUCAAUGUCGUUCUACGAGUUGCAAUGUGAGAUUCACCUCCACCCCUUGGCCAAGUCGUGUGUUGUUGGCAGGCAUGAUCUCGGCAUCCCUUCCUAAGCUUCUCUAGAUUCGACUUGGUGAUGAUAUUACCGCCCUGAGUCUACGGUGCACUUCUCGUCCUGUUUUUGCAUGUCGUGUCCUGUUCUUGACUCAUCUAUCUCACCACUUUAUCUCUUCUCUCUAGAAUUUUCACAUCCUUGUUCUUUAGUUCUCUCUGCACCCGGCUAUACAGCUCUGAUAUCUUCGACGGGGCUUGGCGGUAUUUCUACGAGUGACAACUGCUGUGGUCUUUGCAGGUAGCUGUUGACUAUAGCUUUGCUGUUCUGCUUACUCAGUUAUUUCUCGUAGCCUUUACUUUUUGUUUUUUAGAUUUUAAAUUAUUUUUUCAAUAUUUAAAAAAAUGUUAGAUGACUAGCCAGGGUACUUCCUGCUCAUCGAUUCGCACGAAAGACUAUCAAUAAUUAUUGGGGAAGUUGCUGUUAAAGAACAGACUUCAGGGUGCACAGCGUUUUCUCGGGAUCGUUAGAGACAAGUUGGUGGCUGCAGGAACGAGUACGAUCACGAACUUGAACGAACAUAUCUAGUUACAUGUGCGGUUCUUAUGGGUCCUAAGCAAUGUGUUGCUCGCGAGAGUCUUCUGGAGAAGUCCGACGAAGACAAUUUGGGGAAGGUUACACCCCGUCCACGGUUAUGGAACAGGAAGUGCACUGCGGUGGGCUCCAUGUGCGGGAUGGUGAGAUCGACGGUGCUGGAGCGACGUUUGCUCGUGAUGGUCAUUCUCAUGUGCUGCGUCGGAUUCAUCUUUCUAUCGACAUCCAGAGAUAAUUUGAAGCCCGAGCCAUGGCACUCGGACAAAAUGUGGCAUUAUCCUGUUGCGUUUCCGCGGUGCUCUAUAGAUGCCUGCUUUAAUUUUUCGCGUUGUGAGCACAGUGAUGAAAUUCUUGUGUACACCUACAAUGACCCAGAGCCAAAGCAGAACCCGACAUAUUUUGAACUCCUGCCCUCGUCAAAAUGGCACACUAACGAUCCUCAAGAAGCCUGUCUCUUCUUUUACUUCUCCGAUUCUAAGGCUAAUAAAGCAGCUUGGAAGAAACCGGAUCCCAGGAACUUGCCUCACUGGAACGGUGGGCUUAACCAUGUGUUCGUCACUUUUGCAGAUCGAUGGGCGCAGACCAAUCCGCCGCCUGGGUCAAUUGGGAUGGCAUCGAUUCUUAGCACGGAGCUCCAUGACACAACCUACAGACCGGGUUUUGACAUUGCUAUCCCUCUCCCCCGCAGGAACGUCAAUGUGAUUACAGGCCUUUCUGAGUUGAAGCCCUUUGAGAGGAAGUACUUCUUGACUUUUAAAGGGACCAGGUAUUUGUCGCGCGAGGGGAAGUUUCGUAGCGGAUCUGAAUUUCGAGGCAUGCAUGAUGGAAAGGAUGUUGUGGUUGUCACAACAUGCGAUCACGGGACAAACAAUAAGCUCCGAUUGUGGCAACCAUGGCGCGGCGCAGGAUGUGCAGAAGACCAAACAGUGUUUGACAGCUACGAUUUUAUGGAGCUUCUGAACACAACGUUUGGUCUUGCUCCCGCGGGUCGAUCACCUGCUUCCUACCGAAUGCUGGAGGUGCUAAGUGCCGGCGCGAUCCCUGUGCUGGUCGCAGACAAUUAUGUCAAACCUUUUGAGACUUUAAUUAAGUGGCAGCGCUGCCUCUUGCAAUUUCCGACAAGCGAGAUCCAUCGCAUUGUUCCAACCUUGCGUGCUUUGUCUAAGAAAGAAGUGGAGAUGCGGCAACGAUAUUGUCAACAGAUAUUUCAAAGCGUACUAAAAGACGACAGUACACUGAUGCAGUCCGUCAUGAGAUCUCUCAGAGAAAGGUUUAUGGGAAUGUUGCCAAACUUACCCUUGACACACGAUGAAUAGGGUCCCACGGGGAGUAACAGGAAGUUAUGAUCAACUCUAUGCAGUUGGGGGUUCUUUCACUGGUUGCAGACUUGUUAACGUUGGGCUACACCUUGCCCUUUCUCUUUUGAAGAGUGUUACCCCAUUUUUACCCUGCAUUAGAAGAAAUCUGCCAUUACUUUUCAGACCCUCCCAAGGCACAAUUAGUGGAGAAUGAUGCAGACACGACAGCGUUUCAAAUCUAAUAGUUCAUGAGCUAGAGUUCAUAGAGGAAGUUGUAGAAGCUCAACAAGAGUUUCCGGUGUUGCCAGUGAAGUUCCUUGAGCGGAUUUCUAUGAAAAUCACUCUCAAUCGUAGCAUUUAGACAACUCUUUAUUUCAUCGGAGAUAUUUUGCAUGCACUGUAACGUUUGGUUAGGUUGAGGAAUGGAUGAGUCUAUCUUGUGGAAUGGAUGUCUUUUUCUUUUCAAUUUCCUACAGCAACUAGUGUACACACACCAUGAAACUGAUCGCAUCCAGCUUUUUGGACGCAGCUGCGGCUAUCCUGGGUAAAACUUCGUUUUCACCAGAGAACAGUGGGUUUCAGGGUGCUUUUUCUCUGACAGGCUUGUGCUAAGGCUGGCCACAGGCAUGUGAGCCUGGCCUGUGCACCACCGUCGCCAAGGUUGGGUACACCGUCACUCGAAAGAUACAGGUGCUUUCGGGACCUUUCAGAAUUCAUGGUGCCGUGGGAUUGCUUUUCCAAUCCCCUUCAAUAGUGCCCAAUUGAUAACCCUUCUCCUUUUCCUUUUCCUUUUCUUUUCAUUGUCCUGGGCAGCCUCUGAUGCAUGUGAGUCUACGAAAGCUGUUAACGCUUUUGGGUUGUUGUGUGAACCGAAGCAAUAAAAACACAUGUUGAACA